UCAGUAUAUGUAUGUGCGAUAAAAUAAUUUAACACACAUUUUUAUCGCACAUUUACAAGGCAAAUUAUAAAGAAAUCGAUCUAUGACAAAAGCGAGAAGAAACUCUGAAAACUUUUGUGCAGGACAAUUAUAAAGUGCUAAUUUUCAAAUAUGAGUCGUAAAAGUGUACAAAGAAGAUCCGCAUUGUCGUUUGCUGGUGCGGAUGAUUCCAUCGACCAUUACAUUGAUAGUAUUGUACAAUCCGAUCCUUGGAAACACAUAGAAAAAAUUGAAAAGAGUGAUGCGGCUCGUAUCCAGAGCGUAUUGAACGAAUUCAAUGAUAGAAUUACGCAAGAAAAGACUUGCAAAGCAGAUCUUAACAUUGCGAAAAAAAAUUCGAAACAACCGACGGAAUCCGUGGUAAAAUCUUCAACUGAGGACUUGAUAACAACAAAUUCUGAAGGGACUUCUUCAAAUAUGCAUAACGAUAUCCUUACACCUAAAACUAAAGAUCAGACAAGAAAGAAAACUUCAAAAAAACAAACACCUAAAACGGUAGAAGAAACGUCUUCGCAAGAACUCCAACAUGUUGUCGAUGAUAUAAAAAAAACAUCGAAGAAAAAAGGUCGAAAAUCCUCAGAACCCAAUGUCAAAGAGAUUGUCGUUAACGAGUCAAUCAAAAAAACAAAUAAGAAAGACGUAAUAAAUAACGAUAUAAAUCUGAAAACAAGCACGCCCAAACAAAAAUUGCCUACAACAGUAGGAGAAACAGCAAAAGACGGAAAAUCAAUUGUAAGAAAAAGAAAGAUGACAGAUUCUGAAAAUAAAUCAGAGAAAUGUAUCAAGUCCGAAGGAAAAAAGCAAAGAAAAAGAACAUCGAAGAAGAACACAAAAGACAUUGAGCAUUGUCAAGACGAAGUUAGUAAAAAUAUGCCUAGCAACGAGGAAAAAAUUAUGAAUAUGGAAGAAGUUAAGAAUUUGGAGUGUAGUAAAGAGAAUCACAAUGCGUUGAAAAGUGAAGUAAAGUAUAAGAAUAAAUCUAAUAAGAAAAUUUCUGAUAAAAAUAAUCAUUUACAAGCGGAAGAAUCUAAAAAUAUAUCAGAAAAUAAAAUGAAAUGUAAUGCAGUAGAUAAUCAAUGGGAAAUCAACAAUAUUUGUACCAAAUUAAAGAACAAAAACGAAUUGCCUAAAAAUGUUACAUCAAAUAAAUCUUCCAAGACAUUAAAAAGAAACAUGGAAAAUACUAAAUGUCAAUGCAAAAAAAAGUGCACGGAAAAUUGUGGCAAAGAUAAACAAUGUUUGAAAACUAAUGAACAAUUAGAGAAAAGAAGAGAAUAUAAAAAAAGUAAAAAGGCUGCAAAAGCUAUGGCUAAACUUAGUCAGGAAAUAUCAACUGUUAAGAAAAAAAUGGAAAGCAUAAAAAAUGAUUUAGAAAAUAGCGAGUCAUCGGAUUCUAGCGAUUAUUCCGACGAGUUUCGAUCAUAUUCAUCUUCAUAUUCUUCUUACUCUGGAUCUUCACAUUCAAGUGAUUAUAGUUCUACAGAUUUCACAAGCGAUGAUACCGAGUAUACGAAUGAUUCAUCUGAUUCUUCGACUUGUAGCGAAGAUACUAACACAAGUGAGAGCAAAAGCUCGCGUUGAAAUAACAGAAUAUAGUAAAGAAACAGUUAUAUAAAUAAGGGA